AUGAUGAGUACGCUGCCGCCUCCGCUGAGUUUCCACAACCGAUCAUCGAUUCCCGCGGCUUGGGACGGCCUUCCCGCCGAGACCAGACCCUCCCCUGCUGCCGCUUCUCCCGGUGUCUUCCUACCAGACUUGCCGCUGAGAACUUGGCUCUUCAUAGCGGGCUACUGCGCACUCUUCGUUCUUUGUUUGAUCGGUGACAUCGCUGUGGCAGUCAUGGUUCACGGCUUGGGGAAGAGGAGAGGGGGAACGGUGUAUUAUUUCGUCCUUAACAUUCUACUUGCUGAUUUACUGAUUGGAAUCUUCUGCACUCCGUUCACACUGGUUGGAAACACACAAGAAGACAAGAGCCUGAGCAGGGUCCUCUGUAGGAUGACUCCACUGAUAGAGGGCGUGGUGGUCUGUGGGUCAACCUUCACUCUGGCUGCCAUCGUCGUUACAAGUUACAGUCAGCGAGACCAUCGAUCCCCAGACGUCAGCACCAAGAAAAUAGCAUACGUCCUCUGCUGUAUCUGGUCAAUGGCAAUCACCAUCAACAUUCCGCAGGCCUUCGCUCGAGAUGCGCUUCUGACAACGAACCCCUCCGGCGAGACGUAUAGGUGCCAGGAGACCUGGGGCAACAGCCAGGCGUAUCUACUCUACAAAGGCGUGCUCGUGGCUCUGGGCUUCCCGGGACCGCUGCUCUUUAUAGUCUUUGCACAUCUUGUUGGAGUUACCGGGUUACCUGGUCUGAAGAAAAACCAGGACGCCACCACGUUUUACGUUACUACAGGGGAAAACAACAUUCCCGGAGGUCACACCAGAGGUCGGUGCUUGGAAGAAACAGUAAUAUCGCCAGACGGGAGAUCAAAUCCCGGAGAGAGGAACCGCCUUUUUGGCGGCACGAAUGGAGACUUCAUCGCCCCGGAAGCUUUUAGUAAAGAUUUAUCGGCUGAUUCUUCGAUCAACGACAUUGGAAACAUCAAUACGGUCGCCUGUUGUGCCGGCACGUCCUGCAAUAAUUGUGAUUCUUCCAAGACUGCCUUUCCCCGAGGCCAUGCAGGAGCCGAUUGGCCGUCACCGCCCAGCGUCUUAUCGGCGGAUUACAGCAUGUUGGUGCCGACGCCAUCCGUUGACACCGUGGAGGAAAGUUGCGCCAAUACCCCGAACACCUUACCAGACGAUGAACACCCCUCCCAGGCUACACAUUCUGUGGAACAGUCGCGGUCAUUCGUUCCUGUUUCAGACACGACGGGGUCUGAGGAGUCUGAACUAGAUAAGACUAAACAAACAGCGUAUCAGUGUAGUACCCUUGCCGUUAGUUCACACCUGCUAAGAGCACUCACGGUGCUUUUUCUCAUUACAUGGCUGCCGUUCUACACCUGCUGGGCAUUAGACACCUACGCCAAACUUACAAACACGACGUGCAAGAAUAUUCAUGAGUACUUCCAUCCCAUAUCGCAGUGGAUAGCGUUCUCCAACAGUCUUUUAACUCCGUACGUUUCUGGAUAUUAUGUUGGCUGUUUUAAGCUGCCUUGCGUUCGUAGGAAGUCGAGCGAAUCUGCACUAGAGGUGGAAACAUCAGAAGGAGGGGAGGAAGAAGAUAAAGAAGAUGAUGAGGUAGAGGAAGAUGUGGAUGAGGAGAAUCCUGUCACCUGGAUAUAA